AUGACUGGGCUGCCCCUCAGGAUUAUCAAGAAAACCCAGCAUUUGCUGGUAGAACCAGUCCCCAGUAUUAAAGCAGAACCAGAUGAGAGCAAUGAACAUUAUUUUCAUGUGGUCAAUGCUGGCCCCCAAGAUAACCCUUUUGAGGGAGGGACUUUUGAACUUAAACUAUUCCUUCCAGAAGAAUACCCAAUGGCAGCCUCUAAAGUAUGUUUCAUGACCAAAAUUUACCACCCUAGUAUAAACAAGUUGGGAAGAAUAUGUUUAGAUAUUUUGAAAGAUAAGUGGUCCCCAGCACUGCAGAUUGGCACAGCUCUGCUGCUGAUCCAGGUUUUGUUAAGUGCUCCCAAUUCAGAUGAUCCAUUAGAAAAUGACGUAGAGGAGCAGUGGAAGACCAACGAAGCCCAAGCCAUAGAAACAGCUAGAGCAUAUAGUAGGCUAUAUGCCAUGAAUAAUAUUUAA